GGAGUGCAGGUGUAAUAUGAUCUCUCUUUCUUCUGCGGGUCAAGACUCGCUGUAGGUGAGAAAUAGAGCUCUUUGGGAGAGCAGAUAAAACAGCGUUGCAAUAAUCUAUCCUUGAUGUGAUAAAUGCAUGGACAAGUUUUUCACUGUCAGCAGGAGAGAGCAUAUCUCGGACCUUACCGAUGUUUCUAAGGUGAAAAUAAGCUGUCUUGCAUGUAGUCAUGAUGUGUGAUUUAAAGCUGAGCUCAUUAUCAAAAGUGACGCCCAAGUUCUUAACACAUUGUUUGGCCUUCAGAUUCAUUUGAUUUAAAUAAGUCUGAACAUCAUUCUUUUGUGAAUCACUGCCAAUAACAAGAACCUCUGUCUUCUCUUUAUUUAAUUGCAGAAAAUUGUCUGACAUCCAUGUCUGUAUAUCACCUAUGCACUCAAACAGUGAGCUAAUUGAUUUUAGGGCUUUAGGUUCUAAAGAAAUGUAAAGUUGAGUGUCAUCUGCAUAUUGAUGAUAACUAAUACCAUGUUUGUUAAUGAUAUGCGGUAAUGGAAGCAUAUAUAGGUUGAACAGUAAAGGCCCAAGAAUUGAUCCUUGGGGGACGCCACAAGUUAUUUUUUGACGUGUGGAGGAAGAGGUACCUAAUGCAACAUAGUAAUCGCGCUCAGUUAGAUACGAUCUAAACCAGUCUAAGACUAAGCCACUAAGGCCUACCCAGCUCUGUAGUCGAUCAAUAAGUAUUUCAUGAUCAACAGUGUCAAAAGCAGCGCUUAAAUCUAGGAGAAAAAGGACUGAGAGUUUGCCUGCAUCUUUAUUCAAUCUAAGGUCAUUUACUACCCUAACUAGUGCUGUUUCAGUGCUAUGGAGAGCUCUGAAACCGGACUGAAAAGUGUCAUUUAUUUGAUUUACUUUAACAUAAUCAUUCAACUGGGUUGACACAACUUUUUCAAUGAUUUUGCUAAGAAAAGGAAGGUUAGAUAUAGGUCGAUAAUUAUUGAGAAAUGUGGGAUCAAGAUUUCUGUUCUUUAGUAGUGGUUUAACCACUGCAGUUUUAAGAAUAUUAGGGAAUUCUCCCAGUUGCAAAGACUGAUUAACAAUCAUUAGAACUUCAUUAGAUAAUGAGCUCAGAACCUGCUUGAAAAAGCAUGUUGGUAAAGGGUCCAGUUCACAUGUAGAGGAUUUAAGUGAUGAAAUCACGUCAAAUAGUGUUACCAUGUCAAUUUCCUUGAAAUAAGACAUAUUACAGUUAGGAUGACUAACUGAUAUCAGGGCUGGUAGUCUAUUAGUGCUUGUUGCUAUAUUCUGCCUUAAAUUAGUAAUCUUGUCCCUAAAAAAUAUUGCAAACUCAUCACAUUUUUCAACUGAAACGGAUUCAGGGAAGACAUGGGAGGUGGGGUUUACUAGCCGAUCUAUACUUCUGAACAGGGCAGCUGAGUUAUUACUGGUUGAGUCGAUUAAGGUAGAGUAAUAUUUUUUCCGUGCUGAUUUCACUUCACUGUUGUAAAUCUGCAGUGUUGUUUUAUAGAUAUCAAAAUGUACUACCAAUUUUGACCUUCGCCAACGUCUCUCAGCCUGCCUGCAGUCUUGUCUGAGUUUUAUAAUAGAUGUAGUGUUUCUCCAGGGCAUCUUAAUUCUUCCAGAAAUAGUUUUAGUUACUUUUGGUGCCACAACAUCAAUACAGCUCCUAACUCUGUGUGUGAAUGUUUCAACUAACUCAUUCCCAUUUUCUGAGAGGGGAGGGAGGGACUGUAUCAUGUCUGUGAAGGCCACGGCACUGCCAGCACUGAGAUAACGCUUGGUUAUUGUGCGCUUUUCACAGAGUGUUCUAAUAGAUAAUGACAUAUUGAAAAAUACACCAAAAUGAUCAGAGAUUGCAACAUCAGUAAUUUCAGUAUUAUUAACAUCUAUGCGUUUAGAGAUGAUCAAAUCUAAGGUGUGGCCGUGCCUAUGAGUUGGACCUGAUACAUGUUGUGUGAGACCAAAAGAGUUAAGCAUCCUCAUGAAUUCUGAAGUGACUGGAUUUGUGGGUAUAUCCAUGUGAAUAUUAAAAUCCCCAAUGAUUAAAACAUAAUCAAAAUCAAUUAAAAUCCUAGAAAGCAUUUCUGCAAAAUCUUCAAGAAAGUCUGUAUGUAGUCUGGGAGGAUGGUAUAUAACAAUCAAUAGAACUGGAUAAGUACUGUUCAGUUCAGUUCACUGCUAGAUAUUCAAACGUAGAUGAAUUCCCCUAGUGAGAUCUGCUUACAGCAGAAUGCUUUAUGGUAAAAACAAGCAACACCACCACCUCUCUUAUUUACUCUAGAGACGUUAAAAUAGUUAAAAUUGGAAGGAGAAGCUUCAUUUAGUACUAUUGCUCUGUUACCAUCAAGCCAAGUCUCUGUUAGAAAAAGGAAGUCCAGACAGUAAUCUUCAAUUAAUUUAGCUAUGAUAAAAGACUUGUUUGUGAGUGAGCAGACAUUUAGUAAGGAGACUUUCAGGACUUGAUGUGGUUGGUCAACAAAGCUUACAUUACUUGUGCAUUUCACCAGGAUCAGAUUUUGUUUGUUACAAUGUCUUGUACUACUACGUUUUCUUCUGACUACAUUUUUAUUCAGAAUCUGAGAGCCAUGCAACCGGCUAUUUACAAGAACUGGAAUGUAGCACUGACUAGGAGCAUGGACUCCAGAGUGUCAGACCUGCGAAUUCACUGAGUGUGCAGGAGAAGUAGGUGAGUUCCUACAAGACUGCAGACUGUAGUGUUGCAGAGAUUCUCUGACAGGAGAUGGUGAACUCCUGUGACUGACAUUACUGCUGGCGGUUGGGUGCAGGUUCCGCAUGUGAGUGAUGCCAUACAGUAGAUUAUCCACAAGCAUUUGAGUCCCAGCCUUGUUAGGGUGAAGCUGAUCAGGUUUAAAAAGCUCAGGACGUCUCCAAAAGAUGUUGAAAUUGUCAAUGAAGUUUACCUUCCGAUGUGCACAGGUUGUAGCGAGCCAGCUGUUUAGAGACAGCAGUCUGUUAAAGUGACCACUACCCCGACGUGCAGUUGGUAUCGGUCCAGAAAUGAACACUUCAGACUGUGAAAACUCCAGAAUAUCGAAUAGAUGGUUAAAAUCUUGUUUCAGUGUCUCCAACUGUUGUUUGUAAACAUCGCUAGAGCCAACAUGCACUAUCAGUAGUUCCAUAGCUGGAUGAUCAUGCAGUAUACGUGGAAUCAUGGGUAUCACUUCACAGACAGUAACACGAGGAAAGCAAAAGGCCUUAAUGCUUUUGCUCCAUACAUCUCUGACUACCGAGUCCCCAAUCAACAGAGUUUUGGGCUGUGGAGGAGCUCCUCGUCUCCUUUCACCGUUAAUGCCUCGGCAGCUAACAUGGUUAGCAUCCUGAUGGAUAACAUGGUUAGCAUCCCGUUGGCCAACAUGGUUAGCAUCCCGUUGGCUAACACGGUUAGCAUCCCGAUGGCUAGCCCUAUUAGCAUGCACAUUAGUUAGCUGUCCGGCAUGGUUUGCAAGCUGGUGAUUGGGACGUGUGUGGCCGCACUGAUGGCUAACACUCUUAGCAAGCUGCCUAGCAUGGCUCGAAGCCAGGUGGUUGGCACAUGUGUUGCCAUUCUGAUAGCUAAUACCCUUAGCAUUAGCUGCCGGCUAGCACGGUUGGCAGUCUGGUGGUUGAUACGCAUGUGACCGGAGUUAUUUCCAUGCUGUUGUUUAGAAGCGAGACUCGAGUUGUUUCUCUGAUGAAGAUUGUGUUGUGCUUGAUGUCCUUGUUGUCCUGGAGAGGGUGGCAGUAUAUUGAGGCCAGAGAUGAGGUGAUAACAGUGUUAAAGGCAGAAAAGAUUGACCUGGCUCUACUGGAGGCCCAGUAUGGUUUUGUCACUCCUCAGAAAGUGCUUCAGGCUCUGCAGAGAGACACCAUACAAGGCAAGGACCGCAGCUGGCAGGAAGACAUCUAUGAGAAGCCCAUGGCAGAGUUGGAGAAGUUGGUGGAGAAGCAGAGAGAAACGUACAGACGUAUGCUGGAGCAGCUGCUUCUGGUAGAGCAGGCACACAAACAGGCACUCUGCAGACUGGAAGAUGAGAAGCACAAUCACAGCGAAUUCAUGAAGAAGAGCGAUGAGUUCACCAAUCUGCUGGAACAGGAGAGGGAGAGACUGAAGCUGCUCAUUGAUCAAGAAAAGGCCUACCAGGAGCGAAGAGAGGAAGAGAAUAAUAGGAAGGUCACCAACCUUAAGGACGAGCUGACUAAGCUGAAGUCGUUUGCCCUGCUGGUUGUUGAUGAGCAGCAGCGCCUGACAGAACAGUUGUCACAGCAGACAGCCAAGGUUCAGGAGCUUCAGACUUCUGCCACAAAAGCUCAAGAGGAGCUAAACUCUGCUAAUAUUUGGGCACAAGAGGAGGAAGGCAAAGUCCUGCGCUUAGAGGCUGAAUUGCGUGACCAAGCCAGUCGGUUCCACCAGGAACAGGAAGCCAUGACUGCCAAACUGACUAAUGAGGACAGCCAGAACCGACAGCUGCGUCACAAACUCUCCACACUUAGUCGUCAGCUGGAUGAACUUGAAGAGACAAACAAGACCCUCCGAAGGGCGGAAGAAGAGCUGCAGGAGCUCAGGGAUAAAAUUAGCCGUGGGGAGUGUGGCAACUCCAGCCUAGUAUCAGAAGUGGAAGAAUUAAGGAAAAGAGUACUAGAAAUGGAAGGAAAAGAUGAGGAGUUGAUCAAGAUGGAGGACUUGUGCAGGGACCUCAGUAGGAAGCUAGAGAAAGAGUCCAGCCAAGGUCAUAGCUUGAAAGCAGAAGUGGACAAGCUGAACCACAGAAUUAUGGAGCUUGAAAAAUUAGAAGACGCUUUUGGGAAGAGCAAGCAGGAAUGCAGCUCUCUCAAAUGCAAGCUAGAGAAGGAGCGUACAAUAACUAAACAUAUGUGCAAUGAACUAGAUGUUCUAAGUGUUCGGAUCAAAGAGCUAGAAGCUACUGAGUGUCAACUGGAGAAGACUGAGUUGGUGCUGAAGGAAGAUCUUACAAAACUGAAAACACUGACAGUAAUGCUUGUGGAUGAAAGGAAAACCUUGUCAGAGAAACUGAAACAAAUGGAAGACAAAGUGCAAAACAGCACAGGCAAACUCCAAGCAGAACAAGAUAAAGUGACAUCAGUGACUGAAAAGCUUAUUGAAGAGAGUAAGAAGGCCUUACGGUCCAAAGCAGAGCUGGAAGAAAAAAUGUGCAUCGCCACCAAGGAAAGGGAUGAACUCAGAACCAAGCUGAAAACUGAAGAGGAGAAAAACAAUGACCUUCAAUCCAAAGUAAAUAUGAUGAAGAAGAGACUUCAGUCCUUGGAGACUGUUGAAAGGGAGUUUUUGAGGAACAAAGCUAAAGAUGAAAAGAUAAAAAUUACAAACCGCUUCCACCAGGAAGACAACAAAGUGAAAGAUUUGACACAGGAGGUGGAACGGCUCAGAAGGAAGCUGAAGGAGAUGAAAAUGGUUGAAGAUGAUCUACUGAAGACAGGGGAUGAGUUUGAAUCCUUGGAAAAAAGGUAUUCCAAUGAACAUGAACGAGCAAAUUUACUGAUGGAAGAACUGGAGAUUUUAAGGAAGGAACUUUCCAAAUACCAACUAGCUGAGAAGGAAGAAUCCAACCAAGAACAAAUUCUUUACAAGCGUCUGAAAGAGGAAGAAGCCAAAUCAAGUCACCUGACCAGAGAAGUAGAAGCACUGAAGGAAAAGAUACACGAGUACAUGGGCACAGAAGAGUCCAUAUGCCGAAUGAAAACAGACCAUGUGACUUUGCAAAGGAAACUUACCCAGCAGGAAGUCAAAAACAAAGAAUUGGCCAGAGAGAUGGACACUUUAACAAAAGAACUGGAGAGAUACCGUCGCUUCAGUAAAAGCCUCAGGCCUGGCAUGAAUGGGAGACGCUUCUCAGAUCUACAAGUCUCUACAAAGGAGGUUCAAACAGACCCAACAGACAACCUUCCUUCUAAUUACAAGAGCCUUGAUCCAUUGGAACGAGCCGUGGUGAAUGGAAAAUUGUAUGAGGAGAGUGAUCUGGAGGAAGAACCCAAUUACCUACAGAACAGCGUGAGGCGAGUGAGAGGUCCCUUUUUAAAGAGCAGUCAGCAGCCAAUUAAUGGUAAAGUGCAACAAAACCAGAAUGGAACUCAUGUUCAGCAAGGUGAUGUGGUCCUUGCUCACAGUUCAGGUCAACCUCUUCACAUCAAGGUAACACCAGACCAUGGCCAUAACACAGCUACUCUAGCAAUCACAAGCCCUACUACAGAGAACAUCCAGUCCUACACCAGCACAGCAGUUAUUCCAACCAGUGGAGGCACACCAAAACAAAGAAUCACCAUCAUCCAGAAUGCUUCAGUCUCUCCACACAACAAAACCAAGGGCUGUCCUUCCACAGAAGGCCCCUGCACAUCUGACAGAUCAGUGUCACCUCUUACUGUGACAGCUCAUUCCCAAAUAAUAACCCCUGACAUCUCUGGUUCAGUGACCCUAGACAGAGCCAUGUCUCCUAUUCAGAUAGUCUCUGUCAGAACGGGAACCCCUGACAGGCCACCAUCUGGAGAGCUCUUAGAGGUCUUAGCUGACCACAGUGUCGUCCGUGUAACACCAGAGAGACAAAAUGGCUGGCAACUACAGAGAUCCAAUAGCUCAGGCCCAAAUGUCAUCACCACUGAAGACAACAAAAUCCACAUUCAUUUAGGCAACUCCUACAUACAAGCUAUAAACAAUGUUUCUCAACCCAUCAGCCCUUGCUAUUCCUCUGUGCAGGAGCAAAGAACUCCAGUAUUAUCCAAUGGUACUCCAAUUAAGGGCAACAACAAAAUCACUAGUAGCAUCCUGAUAAAGCCCAUUUCCUCCCCUGUUCCACGAUCCUCACAAAUUACAAUACCUCUAAAAGAAUUCCAACAAUCUGGCCCCACCAGAAUACCAAAACCUAAAGCCUGCAACACACAAAAAGGGACAAAUGGCACCGCCAUGCCAGAAAAAAACAAAGGAGCGGCCGUGUCCCCCAUCAACUCCAAGAACAACAUGUCCGACAACCAUCACAUGAUGAACCUCACUACAAAGUCAUGAGUACACAGAUUCAAAUCUCUCAUUUUAGUGUCAGAAAGUGAAAAGAACUUUUGAAUCUUUUUGAAUCAAUUGAAUAAAGCUGUUUUUGUUUU